ACUGUACGUCCGUCUGGCACGCUAAUUCCUAGCAGAGCAACGCUCACAGAGCUGGCGAGGUUCGUCCGCUCGGCCGUUUCUGCCAUCUUUCGGUGAACAUUGGCCAACGCUUUCUUCAAACCCUCGGGUGCUUAUCCUUUUGUUUCUUGCCCGUCACGACCUCACCCAAAUCCUUCGCCCGAUUCCAUCGCCUUGAUCCGACUCUCUCGCAUUCGCAUUUCUUCCCUCACAAAUUACCGAAAUGUCGGGAUCAGCAGCAGACACUUUGCGGGCGACCGUCGAGAAGUUGCAACAGCAGGUUGAGCAAUUGGAGAAGCGCUUGGCCGGCAGUGUUGGUGGCAGCAAUACUCAGGAUGGAAUGCGCAUGAUCCUCAUCGGUCCUCCCGGUGCCGGAAAGGGAACCCAAGCGCCCAAGAUCAAGGAGCGCUUCGGCUGCUGUCACUUGGCCACUGGUGACAUGCUCCGCGCUCAAGUCGCCGCCAAGACCGAUCUCGGCCGGGAAGCCAAAAAGAUCAUGGACGAGGGUAAAUUGGUCUCGGACGAGAUCAUGAUCGGCAUGAUCGAGAGCGAGUUGGAGAACAACAAGGACUGCAGACACGGCUUCAUUUUGGAUGGAUUCCCGCGUACCGUCCCUCAAGCCGCCAAGCUAGACAGUAUGCUGGCUGCUAAGCAGCAGCAGCUCAAGCAUGCUGUCGAGCUCAAAAUCGACGACAAUCUAUUGGUCGCCCGUAUCACUGGUCGCUUGGUCCACCCUGCCUCUGGACGAUCCUACCACAAGAUCUUCAGCCCACCAAAGAAGGACAUGACCGACGACAUCACUGGCGAGCCGCUUGUGCAGCGCUCUGAUGAUACCGAGGCUGCUUUGAAGAAGCGAUUAACAACCUACCACAGCCAGACUGCCCCAGUCGUCGAGUACUACCGUAAGACCGGAAUCCACACUGAGCUCGAUGCCAGCAAGAAGCCCGGCGAGGUCUGGAAGGACAUGCUCAACGUCUUCGACCAGAACAAGAGCAGCACACUGCUCGGCAAGCUCGGCCUCAGCAAAUAGAUUCUGCGGAUGGAAGUCAAGAAGCAGCCACUGCAAAACACACGUCUGUAUGAGACAAGCAGCGGCUGGACUUGGUCUCGAUAACCCGUACGCCUCCGAAAAUCUGUAAAACUGCCAGUCGGCUAGGCCUUUGAUGUGGCGCAUAUUUUGGGACAAAAAGUGAUAGAUGUAACCAUAGGGAUGAUUUGUACUAGAAUAUCUAAUGCAUACGACUCGAUGCCCC